AUGUCCUCUCGCAAGAAUCCAAAGCCCCUCCCAAAGUUCGAAAUCGGCGAUGACUACCAACUAUUGCACGCCAUCGGCGAAGGCGCCUACGGGACAGUCGCUGCCGCCCUGCACAAACCUAGCGGACGCCAAGUCGCUAUCAAGAAAAUCUUGCCGUUUGAUCAUACCUUGUUCUGUCUUCGGACUCUGCGAGAACUCAAACUCCUCAAGUUCUUCUCGGAGACCUGCGUUAAUGAGAAUAUCAUCUCCAUCUUGGACAUCAUCAAGCCUCCCAGUCUCGACGAGUUCACGGAGAUAUACUUCAUUCAGGAGUUGAUGCAAACCGAUUUGCACCGCGUUAUCCGGACGCAGCAUCUCACUGACGACCAUUGCCAGUACUUUGUCUAUCAAACACUCCGUGCCCUCAAGUCCAUCCACAGCGCAGAUAUCGUCCAUCGUGAUCUCAAGCCCGCUAAUCUUCUGUUAAAUGCCAACUGCGAUCUCAAAGUCUGCGAUUUUGGUCUGGCGCGGAGUGUGAAGACUAGUGUCCCCGGCGGCAAGGAGGUUGGACUGAUGACGGAAUAUGUUGCGACGAGGUGGUAUCGUGCUCCUGAAAUCAUGCUCUCGUUCAAGAUGUACACCAAGGCCAUUGAUAUUUGGGCCGUGGGGUGCAUUCUCGCCGAGUUGCUUACAGGACGCCCUCUGUUCCCUGGCCGAGACUACAGCCACCAGCUUGACCUGAUUCUCGAUGUUAUCGGUACUCCGAGCCUCGACGAAUUCUACGCCAUCACUUCGCGGCGAUCGAGGGACUACAUUAGGGCUCUGCCUAUCCGAAAGAAGCGCCCUUUCCCUACCCUCUUCCCUCAUGCAUCAGCGGAUGCUAUCGACUUCUUGUCGAAGACUUUGACCUUUGAUCCCAAGAAACGCAUGACCGUCGACGAGGCUCUUGAGCAUCCCUAUCUGACAGCAUACCACGAUCCUGAGGACGAGCCUACUGUCACUCCCCUUAGCCCGUCGUACUUCGAAUUUGAUCUCCAUAAGGAUGAUUUGAGCAAGGACCAGCUGAAAGGCAAGCCCGUUCCUAGAUCCCAGUUGGGUGAUUUUAACCGUUAUCCCUUCUUAGAACUCCUCUAUGAAGAGGUGCUCUCUUUCGUUCCCUCCAUCUAG